GCAGCAUUGCGCGAAGAUACCGGAUUUUUGAACCACUACUAAAACUAACGAAGAAGAGAAGACGGAAGGAACGCGGUGUUUUUCUCCUUUUGUGUAAAACACAACUGUUUACAAACUAUGCGGUGAGAGGUAACUCCGGCUUUUCUUGAGCACCAUGGCGACUCAGAGAGUUCUCCCCCAGAGCAAAGAGACUCUGCUCCAGAACUACAACAAGAGGCUCAAAGAUGACAUCAAAUCCAUUAUGGACAACUUCACAGAAAUUAUCAAAACGGCCAAGAUAGAGGAUGAGACACAAGUCUCCCGACCAACCCAGGCAGAGCAAGACCAUUAUGAAAUGCAUGUCAGAGCAGCCAACAUUGUACGAGCCGGCGAGUCCCUCAUGAAACUGGUGUCUGACCUGAAGCAGUUCCUGAUCCUGAACGACUUUCCCUCCGUGAAUGACGCCAUCAGCCUCCAGAACCAGCAGCUCCGCUCCCUGCAGGAGGAGUGCGACAAGAAGCUCACGUCGCUCCGUGACGAGAUUGCCGUCGACCUGUAUGAGCUAGAGGAAGAAUAUUACUCCUCCAGCUACAGUCAGUGGGACAGCACUGAUCUGCCACUAUGCGAGGCCUACCGCCGCCGAGACAGUUGGGCCUCCCCAGACAGCAGCCGCAGCUCUAACCAGGGCGACAAAGAGGACGCGGAUGGACCUCCGUCACAGGAGGCCAACGCGCAGCAGCACCACCUCAACGGACACGGGACGGCCUCCAUGGAGAAACCGUGACAAGAGGAUUGGACAUUCGUUUUCUCGCUUUGGACAAUUUAGUUUCCGUGACACGUUGUGAACUAGCAUUUGAAAUAGGGCUUCCGCCGCGUGAUGUUAUUGACUUGAAACUGGACAAAAACUUUGGAAUGGAGGAUUUAUUAACAGGCAUUUCAGGAAAAGGAUAAAAUGAAGAACAGAAACAAGAAUCACACAGUAUUAUAUGGAAGCUUAAAUAUAAACGCAGAGAACUUAGUUUACCUUUGAAGUAUUCAAUUCAACACUAUUGAAUAUGAGUGUAUGUACUUAGAUUUAUCUUGUAAAAGUUUGCUUUUCGUAAAGUUAUCUGUGCUUUUUUUUGUACUCGCCAAGAUCUGAUGAAAAAAAAAAUAUAGAAUGAGAAUAAGUCAAAUAUUUUAUCCUUUUUUAACCUGUGUCUGCCUCAAAAACACAAAUCUGCAAAUAAAAGACUAGACUUGUUAUAAACAGCUGAACUCCGAUUCAAAGCAGGACACCAA